GCGUUAUUGUGCGCGCUACAACCAGUAUUGAAAGCGCGGCCACGAAUUGCAACAAUGCAGGGCGGCGCGCACAGAACCAGACGGAGCUCUUCCCAGGGAGAGAGAGAGAGGUGUAAUAGAAGCCACACCACACAACACCGCAGAUACAGAUAGGAGGGAACACGGAAAUAUCAGGAGCAGAGGCAGAGGAAGAGGUGUAGAGGAGAGACAGCACAAAUUACUAUAUUUUGGUUUCAGAUUUUAUUUUGGACAAAGGUAGAUUUUUUUUUUUUUAAAUAACAUUGCGGAUUCAGAAUGUCGGGGAGCCGGGAGGACGAGCGGCGCAAACUCGCAGACAUCAUUAACCACUGGAAUGCUAACCGGCUCGACCUGUUCGAGAUCAGCCAGCCCACCGAGGACCUGGAGUUCCAUGGGGUGAUGCGGUUUUACUUUCAAGACAGAGUUGCAGGAAACUUUGCCACUAAAUGCAUCCGGGUGUCGAGCACAGCCACCACGCAGGACGUGAUUGAGACGCUGGCUGAGAAAUUCCGCCCUGACAUGAGGAUGCUCUCGUCUCCCAAAUACUCCCUUUAUGAAGUGCACGUUAGUGGGGAAGAACGCAGGCUGGAUCUGGAUGAGAAACCUCUGGUGGUGCAGCUGAACUGGAACAAAGACGACAGGGAAGGCAGAUUUGUACUGAAGAACGAGAACGACAUAAUCCCUAAGAAGGUGCAGAGCAAUGGGCCUGAAAAGCAGGAGAAGGAAGGAGUGAUCCAGAAUUUCAAGCGCACGCUCUCCAAGAAGGAGAAGAAGAAGGAGAAGAGGAGGGAGAAGGAGGCCUUUUUAAGGGUGCAGGACGGGGACGAGUAUUCUCUGCACAAGGAGGAUGGUGAGAAUUCCCGAUUGGCUGCUGAGGUAUACAAGGACAUGCCAGAAACCAGCUUCACGAGAACGAUAUCCAACCCUGAUGUGGUCAUUAAGCGUCGGCGGCAACAAAGACUGGAGCAGAGGAUACAGGAGUUUGGCCGGCCUGAUUCAGGGGGGACAUUGAAGAUAUACGCAGACAGUUUGAAACCAAAUAUACCGUACAAGACGAUCCUUCUGUCCAACACAGACACGGCAGACUUUGCUGUUGCUGAGGCGCUAGAGAAGUACGGCCUGGAAAAGGAAAACCCCAGUAACUACUGUAUCGCUCGGGUCAUGCUACCUCCUGGAUCUCAGCACUCCGAUGACAAUAGGGCUUGGGAGACUAUCCUUGAAGAUGCUGAGCGUCCCCUUCAGAUCUUCAGAGAGUGGCCGGGCGACAAAGAAACAUUAGUUUUCCAGCUCAAGAAACGACCACUAGACUAUGUCCCAAAGAAAGCUCUGAAGCCUGAUGAGAAAGUGCCGAGGGGGAAGUCUGUCGACGGGUAUCUCCAUGGCUCUUUACCUCCCGAGAAGCUGCCCUACCUGGUAGAGCUGAGCCCAGGGAGAGGGAAUCACUAUACCUACUACAGCUGUCGCCGGCAAGAAGAUGGCUCAGACUCCAGGAAUAAACCAAAGCUCUAUCGGUUACAGAUGCGUGUCACAGAGGUUGGCUCAGAUAAAACUGAGGAAAACUCGAUCCAGCUGUUUGGCCCAGGAAUCCAGCCCCACCACUGUGACCUCACCCACAUGGACAGCAUGGUAACUGUGACCCCGCAAAGUUUUGAUGCCGAGACCUAUGUCGACGGUCAGCGAAUUGCUGACACCACCAUGCUGAGAAGUGGCAUGAAGGUCCAGUUCGGGUCUUAUGUCUUCAAGUUUGUGGAUCCCAGCUACGACCACGGGAUGAUCAAAAGGAGCAUGGAUGCUGGCCCUAUGGUCAAAGGACAACGACACAAAUCAGGGAGCGUUCCUGAAACAACAUUUGAACUGGAUGGGGACAUCCACAGUGGGACAUCACUGCAGACAAGCAAGAGUUCAAGCAGGCUGGAUAUUGAGAGAUCCACCCUGAGCGAGCGUGGCAUGGUGAAGCCCAUGGUGCGAGAACAGCAGCAGGACUACCGCAAGCAGGAGUCCAGAUCUCAGGAUGGACAGAGACCAGAGCUGAUGCUACCAGCCAGCAUAGAGUUCAGGGAAAGCUCCGAAGAUGCAUUCCUGUCCGCUGUUAUCAACUACACUAACAGCUCUACAGUGUACUUCAAGCUCUCCCCCACCUACAUACUGUAUAUGACCUGUCGCUAUGUGCUGUCCAGUCAGUACCGGCCCGACAUGAGUCCCUCUGAGCGCACGCAUAAGGUGAUAGCCAUAGUCAACAAGAUGGUGAGCACGAUGGAAGGAGUCAUUCAGGAGAUACCUGAGGGGGAUCAGAAACAGAAGAAUAUUGCAGGAGCUCUUGCCUUCUGGAUGGCAAACUCUUCAGAGCUGCUCAACUUCAUUAAGCAGGAUAAAGACCUCAGCCGAGUCACAUUGGAUGCUCAGGAUGUCUUGGCUCAUUUAGUACAAAUGGCCUUCAAGUACCUGGUCCACUGUCUGCAGUCUGAUCUCAACAACUACAUGCCAGCAUUCCUAGAGGACCCAGAGGAGCAGUAUCCACAACGGCCCAAACUAGAGGAUGUCCUGCACACCCUCACAGGCACCAUGUCGCUGCUGCGUCGCUGCCGAGUGAAUGCUGCUCUCACCAUCCAGCUCUUCUCCCAGCUCUUCCACUUCAUCAACAUGUGGCUUUUCAACAAGCUAGUGACCGAGCCCGACUCGGAGCUCUGUUCCCACUACUGGGGGGCCAUCGUGCGCCAACAGCUGGGGCAUAUCGAGGCCUGGGCUGAGAAACAGGGCUUGGAGCUGGCAGCUGACUGCCACCUGAGCAGAAUAGUUCAGGCCACAACACUUCUGACUAUGGACAAAUAUUCCAUGCAGGACGUUUCUAACAUUAACAGUACGUGCUUCAAGUUGAACUCUCUACAGCUGCAGGCGCUGCUGCAGAAUUACCACUGUGCCCCAGAUGAGCCGAACAUUCCUCCUGACCUGAUAGAGAAUGUGGUAGCAGUGGCUGAGAACACAGCGGACGAGCUUGCCCGCAGUGAUAGCCGUGAGGUCCACCUGGAGGAGGACCCAGACCUGCAGCUGCCUUUCCUCUUGCCCGAAGAUGGCUACUCGUGUGAUGUCGUCCGCAACAUUCCCAAUGGCUUCCAGGAGUUCUUGGAGCCCCUGUGUCAGAGAGGCUACUGCAGGCUGACACCUCACCCUCACUCUCCAGGCACCUGGACCAUAUACUUUGAAGGGGCCGACUACGAACAUCACUUUUCCACUGACAGCACUGAGUUGCCCAUGCUGAAGGAUCCGGAAAUUGUGACCGUGACACUUAAGAAGCACAAUGGAAUGGGUCUCAGUAUUGUGGCUGCGAAGGGUGCUGGGCAGGAGAAGCUUGGAAUCUACGUCAAAUCUGUGGUAAAAGGAGGAGCUGCCGAUAUAGACGGCCGGCUUGCAGCAGGAGAUCAGCUGCUCAGUGUAGACGGACGCAGCUUAGUGGGCCUGUCCCAAGAAAAGGCUGCAGAAUUGAUGACACGGACAGGCUCGGUAGUAACACUAGAAGUAGCAAAACAGGGAGCAAUUUACCACGGAUUGGCCACGCUACUUAACCAACCGUCACCUAUGAUGCAGAGAGCUUCAGACCGUGGCCGUGGCUCAGGUAAACCCAGACCAAAGAGUGAAGGCUUUGAGCUCUACAAUAACUCCGCACAGAACGGCUCCCCUGAGAGUCCACAGAUGCCGUGGGGGGAGUACCCUGAACCAAACAAAACGUCCGGAGAGGAGAGGCUACUUAAGAACAGGGCUGACCACCGCUCUAGUCCUAAUGUUGCCAACCAGGCUCACAGUCCAGGAGGAAAGCCUGUCAAUUCAGAUGGCCCAAAGUCAAAAAUUACAUCUGUCUCAACUGGAAACCUUUACACUGAUGAACAGCAGCCCCCACCACGACCCGAAGUGUAUCCAAUCCCUACCCAGACCUACGCAAGGGAUUACUUUACUUUCCCUGCCUCCAAGUCUCAGGACAGGAUGGGGCCUGGUCCCGGGCAGCAGCGGCAGAACUAUGAGGACAGGCUCCCAGGCCAGCCUGACGAUCACCACUCCAGUAUGUCCAUUCAGCGGGUAACUCGCUCCCAGGAGCAGCUCUGUGACGACCGAGUGGCUUACCAGCCGGAGAGGAUGCGGCAGGAAGAGAUUGUUCAGAUGCAGCAGCGGGAGAUGGAGUAUCAGCGGGAGCGCGGCAAUGGCGAGCACUGGAACCAUCAGGUCUCCUCCUCUGUGGAGUCCAGCACAUCCAGCCAGGAGCAGCUCAACUACUCCGCUUCCUCCUCCAAGGUCCCCAACCACAAGAGUGGUGCGGGCCGAUGGAAGACACCAGGGCCACCUAAUUCCGCCCCUGUGGCUGUCUCCCAGCCUAUCCUCUCUGACCUUCCGCCCCCACCCCCUCCCCCUCCUCCAGUACACUACACAGAUGACUUUGACACCCAGGCUGACCUGCCUCUCCCUCCUCCUCCCCCUGCUGGCAGGCAGCUGCAGCAGGCUGUAUCUGCCGCCGCCGCAGCAGCUGACCGCAAGAAACGUGAUGAGCAACAGCGCUGGUACGAGAAGGAGAAGGCACGGCUAGAGGAAGAGAGGGACAGGAAACGGAGGGAGCAGGACAAGAAGCUGAGCCAGGUCCACAUCCCUCCUGGACCAGGAGUCCCUCCCCAUCCCAACCACCACCAGCAGCAGCAGUCUCCAUUGUCACCAAUGCCAAUCCAGCACCAGCAGCACCAACAACCACCAUCACCUAUGCCUCUACAGCAGCAGCAGCAGUAUCAUCCCCCUCCCAUGAUGCCCCAGCAGCCUCCCUGGAUUGAGAAGCCUUCCAGCCUGCCCCAUGCGCCCCCUCCCCGCCAGGACACCGUAAUCAGGGAGCUACUCCCCCAGCAGCAGCCGCGCACCAUCGAGCGCCGGGACCUGCAGUACAUCGUCAGCAAGGAGGACCUCACCUCCGGGGACAGCCUGUCCCCUGACCCCUGGAAGCGGGAUGCCCGGGAGAAGAUGGAGAAGCAGCAGCAGCUGCACAUCGUGGACAUGCUCAACAAGGAGAUCCAGGAGCUCCAGGCCAAGCCGGAGCGCACUGCCGAGGAGAAUGACCGGCUGCGCAAGCUGAUGCUGGAGUGGCAGUUUCAAAAGCGGCUGCAGGAGUCCAAGGAAAACGAGGAGGAUGAGGAGGAGGAGGAUGACGAGGACGUAGACACCAUGCUGAUCAUGCAGCGCCUGGAGGCUGAGAAGAGAGCCCGGCAGACUGCUGUCCCAGCAAUCUCUGUUCUAGACUUGGAUACGACUACAGUUCAGUUAAAAAGGAGAUUACAGGAUGAGGAACGCAGACGCAAGCAGCAGCUGGAAGAGAUCCGCAAGCGAGAGGCAGAAGAACGGGCGAAACAAGAGGAAGAGCGCCGCAGGAGAGAAGAGGAGAGGAGCAGGCGAGAGGCAGAGGAGAAGAGGAGACAGGAAGAGGAGUACUACAACCGUUUGGAAGCAGAGAGGCGCCGACAGCACAAUGAGGCUGAACGGAAGCUGCUAACACCUGACGAGCCUGGUCUGUACAGGCCUCCCCUCCCCCGGGACUACGAGCUCCCCCCUCCCCCUCCCCCCUCAGCUAACACUCCUCCACCCCCGCCACAGAGAAACACCUCUUACCUCAAAACACAGGUCUUCUCCCCUGACACAGUGUACACUGCCAAGUUUGUUUCAUGCAAUGAUGAUGAGGAGGAGGAGGACUCAAGCAUAGCAGGUCAGGUUAAGUUAUCCGCCACUAGGAAAUCCUAUGGCGACCUUCCUCCCGCUCCCAAGCCGCAGCCUCACCAGCCAUCUGCCCGCCCGCCCCGCCCGGUCUCUGAUGGGAUCUUUCUUUCCAACUCAUUCCAGCUGCCAUCAGCCAAUGCCAACAGUACUGCUUUUAAGGCAGGGCCCCCUCCCACCAAGCCUGGCUUCAACCCACCCGGCAACUCCAAAGGAUUUAAUUCGUACACUGGAACUACAGCAGGGGUUGUAGGAUUACAUGAAGUUUACAGGGACUCGCGGGAUAAAUGGGUCAAAAGUGGUCAAGAUCAAGAUGGUUCUUUGACUGGUGAAGCUCCAGAGAGUAUGACUUUCAAGGAACGCCAGCGAUUGUUUUCCCAGGGACAAGAUGUGUCCAAUAAAGUCAAGGCAUCAAGAAAACUGAUGGAGUUGGAGAACGAACUCAACACAAAAUAAAACUGGAGCCUUAGCAGGAUUGAGCGUGCCUCCGAAUGAAAGAGGAGAGUGUCCGUGUUCCUUUUGUAUAGUGUGAUUUUGAUUUCCCUAAUAAUUGGACUGUUAAAUAUGAUUUAGAUAUAUUGCAAUAGCAAGAGAGGCAAUUUUGCUUACUUUCAGUGAGAACUGUUAAAGAUAUAUUAUAAUAAAGCACUGUAAAAUAUGUUUUAAUUAUAAAAAAAGGAAUCACAUGAAGGGUGGUAUAUUUUAGUUUUCUUUUAAUGGUUUCGGGUUAAUAGUUUUCUGGAGUUUAAAAAAAAAAAAAAAAAAAAAAAAAAGCCGAAGUAGCUUACGGUCAUCUGGAAUCUUUUAUAAUGACUAGUUUAAACCACCAAUGUUAUUUUUUUAGCUGUAAUUGCAGAAAACAGUUCUAGCUUUCUCUGUUGGUGCAAGGUUAAUUUUCAAGUUAAAAGACGAUUCUGUUAUUAAAUAAAUAAAUCUUCUUUUGAAUCCUGUUGUGCUUCUUAACGGUAAAAAUGUGAGGGUGGUUACUUAAUGGACAAAGGGUUGUUUAUUAAUUUUGGGGGAAAUAUAUUUAGGGCUUCUGUUUUUCAGCGUUUAUUAAUUUUAUUUUUCGGUGCUUAUUUUCAGCUAUUUGAGUUUUAUGUAAAUCUUUUUUUUUUUUUUCUGGGCUUUUGUUUUUGAUAUACUGUAUGAAAUUAGUGUUUUCGGUUACUUUCCAAAAUGCUUGAGUUUUUUUUUUUCUGUCAAAAUAUUUGUAGUAGUAACUCGACAGUACUUGCACACUUAAGUUGUUCCUUCUUUCCUAUGCUGUGUUCCACAACGAAAUCCUUAUGGUCCUGGGUCAGUGGGAAAGGGGUGAAGUCAAUGUGAAUUGAUUAACUUUUUCCGGUGGUUUCCAGUGUUUAUUGGCUAUCCACCAAUUUUAAUUUUUUUUGUAUCGGGUGUUUUAUCGUUUUUUUUAUCGGUUAAAAACAAGAAUCAGAAGCCCUAAAUAUAUUUAAGGAAAUAAUGGAGGUAGGCAAAAACAUUUUUAAAUGUGAUUUUAUACGAAAAUGUGAUGCAUACAAUUUAAUGUAACAUACAGUUGAAGAUUGGAUUGUACUGUGGUUGUAACUAGUGGCAGCCCCAGUUUGAUAUCAAAGAGUUUUAUAAUAUGGUUUCAUGGUGUAGGUGGAAACAGCAAAUGGCUUAAUUAACACUCAGUUGAAAAUAUUCAGUCUACUUGUUUUCUUAGUUUAUAGUAUGACUGGAAUUACUUACAUGGAAAAGGUUACCCAUAUCCUAUCCAUUUGAUAAGACAGGACUGAUGGGACUUUUAUUUUUAUUUUUGGUGUUUACAACUGCUUUAAACAGUCUAUUUUAAUUACUAAACUGUUUUGUUUUACAUGAGGAUUUUGUAAAUCAAAAAAUACAUAUAUAUAUAUAUAUAUAUAGAUAAAUAAAUAAAUAUGCUGAAUUUCAGUAGAAUUUGUACGAACAUUCUAUGUGUAUUACAAUAGUUUUUUUUCAUCCAUUUCACCUGGUAUCUGCAGAUCAGUCACUUUAAUCAGCUGCUUUGAAGAGUAUUUAUUAUUUACGCAAAUCUCAAGGUGAAAUGAAAGGUGGAUCUUCACACUAUCAGUUCAAGCAAUUUGUACUUAAUACAAUCACAGUCCAGAUUUCUUAUAUAUAUAUAUAUAUAUAUAUAUAUAUAUAUAUAUAUAUAUAUAUAUAUAUAUAUAUAUAUAUAUAUAUAUAAGCAGACUGCCUUCUGUUCUAUGUGUGGUCUGGUAGCCAAUUAACACAGUACACAGUUCCAGCUAUGAUCAAUGUGUCUCUUGCCAAGGAAAUGGCCCUCUUACAAUUUUUUCUUUCUGAUGUACUACAAGUUUCUUAAGGUGUUUCCAAAAAAAUGUUUAUUUAACUAAGCUCUGGGCUGGAUUAUUUACUUUUACCAUAUGGGGUAUUUAAGGAUAAGUGCACACUUCAAGUGUAGAGAGUAGACAUUUACUGCCUUAGCAAAGAAAAACAAAUUGUAUGAUUGCUUUAAUGAAAAUUGGAGUAAAUAUUUUUUUAUUUUGCUUUAGUUUUUUUUUUUUUUUUUUUACUUAUUGGAAGAUUCAGUUUACCAUCUAUGAAAUGAAGGGCAGUGUGUAUUGGGGAACACAUUAAGGAUGUUGCAUGUACUGGAGUUGUGUGAGAAAAUGUUAGCAGUUAAUAAAAAUCCUGUUCCUGUAAUACAUUCAUCCAUGUACUGCAUACGUAUUUUAUGUUUUUAAUAAAAGGACAAGUUGAGUGUUUUUCUGGAUUUUGUAGGACUUUCAACAUCUGCUGUGGUAUGAGUGCUUUCUCUAAGUGGCUUUAUUACUGAAAGCAUUGAAAAACUGCUGUAUUUUCGACUAUUUCACUUGCAACCUAUUUUUAAUAAACUGUCUUUGUAUUAUGUA